CGGAGGGGAAGGGAAGCCAAAAGGUCCCGAAAGAGAAUAAAACAGAGAAACAGAAAUCAAAUUCCUCGAUGGCUGAAGAAGGGAAGCCGGAUGAACAGAUGUUCCACCUUCUUUCCAAUCUCCUCCACCAGGUAGAAGCACUGACUAAUCAGGAAGAAGUUGAAUUGCGUUCCAAAAUUGAGGCCCUUGGGUUGGAGGUUAAGAAAGUCCCUUCAAAGUCCGUUCAGAACCUUGAUGAGCUGGAAAUAGCCAGGGAAUUGGAUAAAUUAUCCGCAAAGUUGAAUGAUGUAGAUGAUAUGAUAUCUUCAGCCAUGGCUUCAGAUCCACAGGUGCAGUCUCUAUUGAGCAGUACUGCCAAUUUAUGGAUGCCCGUUAUUACUGCCACUGCUGAUGAGCGACGGCACUUCACGGGCUCAUCUUCAGUUGGGGAGGAUAAGGGUCAAGUCAAAGAAAAAGUUUCCAGUUAAAUUCUCAACUUAUUUUAAUUUUAAUGGAAAUGUGACUGAAAGCUCUUUAAUAUGUUUGAACUUCUUUUAAAAUAAAUAAAAUGUUCAUCUUUUUACUGAAUUUAUCAUGUAACAAGUUAAGCCAUCUCCAAUUGGGGCAACGCAAGUGUUGUCCUCUUACCCCGUUGGAGUGGAGAUGGUUUCCCUGGGUAACACUACUUUGUGUUACCAUUACUCAAAUGUAACAACAGCAUUUUUCUUUUCUACUCUAUAUAUAUAUUUUCAAGUUUGGGGAAUGUGUGAUGAGUAAAACAAUGUUGAUGCA